AUGUCAGAUCGCCAUUUCAACCUCACCGUCCUGAUCUCAGGCAAUGGCUCGAACCUCCAAGCCCUCAUCGACGCAUGCGCAUCCGGCGCUCUCCCCAACACGCGCAUAACACAUGUUAUAUCAAAUCGCAAAGCGGCCUACGGUCUCGAACGCGCCAACAAGGCCUCAAUAACAACAACUUACCACAAUCUCGUCGCCUACAAAAAGAAACACCCCGAUGCCACCGACGCGGUCCGCCGUGAAGAAUAUGACGGUGACCUCGCAAACAUAAUAUUACACGGGCCACACCCACGCCCCGAUCUCAUCGUCUGCGCAGGCUGGAUGCACAUUGUUACUACUGCCUUUCUCUCACCCAUCGCCGAGGCGGGCAUCAAGAUAAUAAACCUACAUCCCGCUUUGCCGGGCGAGUUUGCGGGCGCGAACGCGAUUGAGCGCGCAUGGAAGGCGGGUAAAGAGGAAGGGCUGAAGAGGACGGGUGUUAUGAUUCAUGAGGUUAUUGCCGAGGUGGAUGCUGGAGACGCCAUUGUUACUCAAGAGGUGGAGUUGAAGGAGGGAGAGACAUUGGAUAAGCUAGAAGAGAGGAUUCAUGGAGUUGAGCAUGGACUGAUUGUUGAGGGCACUAGGAAAGUGCUUGCGGAGUUGGGGAAGAAGUGA